AUGUUGCCGACGGCCCGUCUAUUGGCCUCUGCUGCCUCCAAGGCUGGCCUACGGCCACCGCCCAUGGCCGUGCUCCCGCCUAUUCCGCUAUACCGGAGGCUUCUGCGGGCCCACCGGAAUCAUCUGCCACAGGACAUGCGUAUGUUGGGGGACGAGUAUGUCAAGGCGGAGUUCCGAGCGCACCGAAAGGUCGACAACCCAGCUCAUCUGAUCGGCUUCCUUACCGAGUGGCAGCUGUAUGCACAGAAAAUCGAGGGCGACUCGUGGGUGGGCGAGAAACUGGACCCCGUCAAGGUAUCCAAGAUGAAUGACCAGCAAAUCGGCCAGUUGUAUGAGCUCAUGGAGGCAAUCAGAAAGCACCGGAGCGGCGAAGCAGACGAGGGCGAGGAAAGUGGUAGUUCUUGA